AUGCUCACCUGUUUCUCCGGACACACCAACUCGAGUGCUGAGCUGGCGGGUCCCGGCGGCACCACCGCGCUCCUGGCCGCCUUAAUGAUGACCCUGGUCGUCGUGGUGGUCGUCGGAAACGCGCUGGUCAUCUUUGCCUUCGUCGUGGACAAGAGCCUCCGAAAUCAGAGCAACUACUUCUUCCUUAAUUUGGCUAUAUCUGAUUUUCUGGUCGGGGCGUUCUGUAUCCCCGUGUACAUGCCCUACAUCUUGACAGGCCGAUGGAUGCUGGGCCGUGGUCUCUGCAAGCUGUGGCUCGUGAUGGACUAUCUGCUCUGUACUGCCUCCGUCUUCAACAUAGUCUUAAUCAGCUACGACCGCUUCCUGUCUGUCACCAGAGCUGUAAGGUACAGAGCACAGCAGGGAAUGACUCAGCUCGCUGUAGGAAAGAUGCUGGCUGUGUGGUUGCUGGCUUUUCUCCUCUAUGGCCCAGCCAUUAUCUUCUGGGAGGAUGUAGCUGGCGAGAGCAUCGUUCCCACCGAUGAGUGCUUUGCCGAGUUCUAUUGCACAUGGUACUUCCUGCUUAGUGCAUCUACUUUUGAGUUCUUCUCACCAUUCAUCUCAGUGACUUUCUUCAACCUUAGCAUCUACCUCAACAUCCAGCGGCGGAACAAGAGCCGUGCAGCUCACCGAGCCACAGAGAAGGAAGACGGCUGGAGAGUGGUGGACGGCGGUGCAUCACCCUCAUCCGCAGUCUUCUUCGUCAGGACGCGCAAAGUCUCCUCCAGUGAACCAGCGGCCGUUUCAGCGGUGAUUGAGGAAGACAUGGAGAUUUCUCAGUCCUCCAGUCGAGACCCCAGCUGCAGUCACUCAGUAUCUCUCUCUCUGAAGACGAUCAAUAAGAAGAAAGGAGCAUUCAGUUGCUGGUUAAGGACACGCAUGAUCCAAUCACAGGCACCCUGGAGAAAUGGGGAGCAUUUGCGUCUCUCGCGGGACAAGAAGAUUGCAAAAUCUUUGGCAGUAAUAGUGUGUGUUUUCGGCGUGUGCUGGGCUCCAUACACCUUGCUCAUGAUCAUCCGAGCAGUCUGUAGCGGCACAUGUAUAGAACAUCACUGGUACGAAGUUACGUUCUGGCUUCUCUGGCUCAAUUCUGCCAUCAACCCUUUCCUGUACCCACUGUGUCACAGCAGCUUUCGCAGAGCCUUCGCUAAGAUCCUUUGCCCCAAACGGCAAUCUGUCGGGCCCCAUGAGGAGACCCCAUCCUGCCAAUGACAGCAAAGGAGAAUUAACACGGUCUGUGAUUAUCGGUGAAGAUUGUGAGUGAAUGUUAAGGCAGAAGUUGCUCAUGUCCGAAAAAAUCAAUAUAUGGAGUGAAAAAGUAUUUUUAAUUUCCCCAAGGAGAAAACUUUUUCAUUUUGGAUUGCCUUUUUUUUUUCCUCUUUCAG